CAGAGCAAUAUAUGGCGCUCAGGCGAACCAUAACAAAACGUCUCCUAAUUAAAGACCAAACACAAACACCGUCACCAAUGGGCGCCGAACGCACGCCUUCCGCAAAAUCGUAUUUCCAUCACGAACAAAAAACAUCCCCUACUGCAGGAGGAGACCCAGGAUUGUUUAGACGGUUCCUUCAACGAAGAAAAAUAAACCAGUCGUCGACUACAAUAAUGAGCGUGUCUGGGCUUUUCUCUUUUCCAGUUGGUGAGAAAUUGAGGGAGAAAAUGAAGAUAUCAAACGGAGGAGGAGAUAAUCAUCAACGUCUUCGGUUUGACGGGUUGAAAAGUCCUACUCCAGCUGAUCAUCAUGUUACUAAUUGUGUUGGAAUAUCGGUUAAUGAUGCUAGAAAGAUACUUCGGUUUUCUCAGCUGCAAAAGGUGAGAGACGCGGUGAAAAAGAUCUCCGCUAACUCGAUUACCUACUCUGAAUAUGUCACGCUUUGUAUCGGUGCUUGUUGUAAUCAUGAUCAAGGAGUCGAGUUCUCUAAAAUGUUGGAUGAAGCCGGAGACGUUAUUGUCAUAGGGAGCAUUGUGUUUCUCCGUCCUGAUCAGUUGGCAAAAUCAAUGGAGAAAUUGAUAUCACAAUCUAUAGCCAUACCAAAUGACCCAAGGAAGCAACAACUUGAAGAAUUAGAGAAGCAAAAAGCUUUCAUUGAUCAAAAAUCGCUAUCCCAAGUUCGUAGUGAGCUCUAUUGUGGCCUUGGAUUUUUGAUCGUACAAACAUUGGGAUUUAUGAGGCUUACAUUUUGGGAACUUAGUUGGGACGUCAUGGAGCCUAUAUGCUUCUUUGUCACAUCUUUUCACUUUGCACUUGCAUACAUGUUUUUCAUAAAGACGUCGAAAGAGCCAACUUUUGAGGGCUACUUUCAACGCCGGUUCAAGACAAAACAAAGGAAGCUUAUGGAGGUGUCCAGGUUCGAUCUUCAAAGAUAUAACGAGCUUUGUGAGGCCUUUUAUCCUGCACGAAAAGAUAGGGUCUCGGAGUCUUCCCCUUUCGAUCAUUCUAGUCGUGGAGGAAAUUCAAACACACUAUUUAGUUAGUUUGUUAAAUAGAUUGAUGAGUUUGAGUUUAGAUUGGCAUAAUGGCGUGUAGAUAGUUGGAAAUGGAGUCCUUACCUCUCCUUUUUUGAGUAAUGCGACUAGAUCUAUGCUUGUUAAAAUGAAGUUUUUGGGAGAAAAAACAUCUCUAUAUAACUAAGUCUAUAUAACUAAGGGAGAAAAUGUUUUUUCCUUUUU